CAAUAUUUUCUAGUUAUGAACUUCUUAGGUGGUUAUCCGGCCAAAUUGAAGAAAGUUCUGAUUGUCACAGCGCCACUGUGGUUCAAAGCCCCGUUUAAAAUACUCAGGCUUUUUGUGCGAGAAAAAUUGAGGGAUCGUGUGUUCACUAUUAGCUUGCCUCAGUUGACCCAGCACAUACCCAGGGAAUCGCUGCCAAGGCAUUUGGGCGGCACGGUGGACGUCGAACACGAUAAAUGGUUGUCCUACUGCCUGAACUACAUGACGAACAGUGAUAAAUAUGGAAGYUCGGCUAUGUCCGACCACAUAUGCAAUUCAAACAGCGUGAAAAAGGACACCGGGUCAGAGACCAAAGCGAAUAAUCUGUUGAAAGAGAACAACGUCGUCAWCGAAGAAAGCGCCGUCGUCCAUGACAAUUUGUUGUCAGGUUGGACAUGCAACACGACAAAUUCGAGAGAAGAGAUUUCUCCGAUGCCUCCGUCGUCGGUCAGUAGCGGGUUUUCGGACGACGACAGUUUGCGUUGCGAUUCUAGUCAAAGUUUAACUAUUAGUCAAUUUGUUGAAUAUGUAUUGAAAAAGAAGAGGGCCGGUCUCAUUAGGGAAUACGAAGAGAUAAAGACCCGUUCUUUCGACGGUACAUUCUCUGUUGCCAAGGCCCGACCCAACCUUCUGAAGAAUCGAUAUACGGAUGUGCUUUGCUACGAUCACACCAGGGUGAUGUUGGCGGAGUCGGACAAAGAACCRAUGUCCGACUACAUACACGCCAAUUUCGUCGAUGGUUAYAAACAGAAGAACGCGUUCAUAUCCACGCAGGGCCCGCUGCCGCACACGUGCGCUGACUUCUGGCGGAUGGUUUGGGAACAGCAAGUGCUAGUCAUCGUCAUGACCACCAAGGUAUUUGAGUGUGGCAAGAUUAAGUGCGAACAGUACUGGCCACCUGACGAGACGUCCGAUGAUCAUACGUACCAAAACUUCAAGGUGUCUACUACGUCCCUCAGUCAGUUUGACAACUACGCUGUCACCCGAUUGGAAUUAACUAACACCAACACCAACGAGGUCAGACAAGUGUCUCAUUUCCGUUUCAACUCGUGGCCGGAUUUCGGCGUGCCACACAGCGCUGUCGCCAUGUUGGAUUUCCUCGGCAAGGUCCGGAAAUGUCAAUCGUCCAUGUUACAAGACCUCGGUGACAAAUGGGCCGGACACCAACGGGGGCCUCCGAUAAUCGUCCACUGUUCGGCGGGCAUCGGACGAACAGGAACGUUCUGCACACUGGACGUUUGCAUCAACCGCCUGGAGGAAACCAGCACCGUGGACAUUAAAGGUGUGGUGGAAAAGAUCCGGUCGCAGCGGGCCUAUUCCAUCCAAACGCCUGAGCAAUACGUUUUCUGCCACUUGGCGUUGAUCGAAUACGCGUCAGCCAGAGGUUUCCUCUGUUCGCCGCCGGAUCUCAGCGACUUGAAGCCCCUCGAAGAUUCGGACUGAUGGACGACAGCAACGAAAAUCGUGCAUAGGUCGGACAAAGCAUUUAUCAAUACUUAUAUAGAAAUUCAAUAUAUUUAUAUAUAUA